AUAAGUGGGGGAAAUUCCUUGAAUGCCUUGAAAUUCCACUGGAAGAGCUGGAAGGAGUGACUGGAGAGAGGGAAGUCUGGACCUUCCUACUUAGGCUGUUACUCCCACUGAACUCCCUUCAUGGAACCCGAUCAGAACAUCUCAGACCUUCAGAUCAGAUAAUCUGUUAAUCAUUGAUCUGUGUCUCCUGUCCUCAGAUUCAGACAUGUCUUCUGGCAGCAGCCGGCGGUCUGAGGAUCAGUUUCUGUGCUCCAUCUGUCUGGAUGUGUUCACUGAUCCAGUCAGCACACCAUGUGGACACAACUUCUGCAAGACCUGCAUCACUCAGGACUGGGACGGAAAUGUUCCCUACAAAUGUCCUCUGUGUAAUGAACAUUUCACCUGCAGACCUCAGCUCAGAGUCAACACCUUCAUCAAAGAGAUGGUUGAUCAGUUCAGACGUGAAGCUCAGCAGGAAGCCAGCAGCAGCUCAGAGCAACAAGCUGCCAAGCCAGGAGAAGUUCCCUGUGACGUCUGCACUGGACCCAAACUGAAGGCCCUGAAGUCCUGCAUGGUGUGUCUGACCUCCUACUGCCAGACUCACCUGGAGCCUCACCUGACCGCUCCACGUCUGAAGAAACAUCAGCUGAUGGAGCCGGUGGAGAACCUGGAGGACAGGAUGUGUCUGCAGCACGAUAAACCUCUGGAGCUGUUCUGUAGGAACGACCAGACAUGCGUCUGCUUGGUCUGUCCUGUUUUAGACCACAAGAACCACGAGCUGGUUCCUCUGAGAGAAGAAUCUGAAGGAAAGAAGGCAGAGCUGAGGAAGACGGAGGCUGAAGUUCAGGAGAUGAUCCAGGAAAGACGACUGAAGAUCCAGGAGAUCAGAGAGUCGGUGAAGAUCAGUAAAGAUGCUGCAGACAGAGAGAAAGCAGAAGGUGUUCAGGUCUUCACGGCUCUGAUAGAGUCUGCUGAGAGAGGCCUGAAGGAGCUCCUCAAGGAGAUCCAAGACAAACAGGAAACUACAGAGAAACAGGCUGAAGACUUCAUCAGAGAUCUGGAACAGGAGAUCUCUGAGCUGAAGAAGAGGAGCUCUGAGGUCAAGCAGCUCUCACAGGAUGAAGAUCACCUCCACCUCCUCCAAAGCUUCUCCUCCCUGAAAGAUGCUCCACCCACCAAGACCUGGACAGAGGUCAGAGUUCAUCCACCAUCAUAUGAGGGGACUGUAGUGAGAGCUCUGGCUCUGGUUGAGCAGAAUAAGGAGAAGAUAUUGGAGAUGAAGAGGAUCCAGCAGUUUGCAGUGGAUGUGACUCUGGAUCCUGAUACGGCUCAUCCUAACCUCAUCCUGUCUGAUGAUGGAAAACAAGUGAAACAUGGAGAUGUGAAGAAGAAACUUCCAGACAAUCCAGAGAGAUUUUCUCACUGUGUUUCUGUUUUAGGACAGCAGAGUUUCUCUUCAGGCAGAUUUUACUUUGAGGUUCAAGUUAAAGGAAAGACUGACUGGACUUUAGGAGUGGUUAGAGAGUCUGUUGACAGGAAAGGAAAAAUCAACCUCAGUCCUCAGAACGGUUUCUGGACUUUUUGGUUGAGAAAUGGAUAUGAGUACUUAGCUUUUGCUGGACCUCCAGUCCGUCUCCAUCUCCAUCCUGGUCCUCAGAAGGUGGGGGUGUUUGUGGAUUAUGAGGAGGGUCUGGUCUCCUUCUAUGAUGUAGAUGCUGCAGCUCUGAUCUACUCCUUUACUGGCUGCUGCUUCAAGGAGAAACUCUACCCAUACUUUAGUCCCAGCCUUAGUGAUGGCGGUAAAAACUCUGCUCCUCUGAUCAUCUGUCCUGUUGAUCAGACUCAUUGAUCUGAUGAAUCUCGAGAGGUGAGCUGGGAAACAUCCUCAGCAGGAAUUCAACAGUUCAGAUCGUUUUCUGCAGCUCUUUCUGAUUCUGUGUUUCUUUAUCUUCUCACUUCAGAUUUCUAAAA